AUCUUCCUUUUCUAACGCGUCUUGCUUCUUUCUGAUUUACUUAAAAAAAAAAAANAAAAAAAAACCUUCCCAUGUAAUAAAACCUAACCUACAGAUCAUCAUCUCUCUACAGAUCUCACUCUCUCUGUGAGACCACUGUACUCCUUCUCUUCUCACUUUUCAAAACCAUGCCCACGCCUACUCCCAAGCUACCACUCUUCUUCAUUCUCUCUCUUAUUCUCUUCCCCAUUCACUCUUUCUCUACUCCAACCAAUAUAAACACCAACACCACCGCCACCGCCGCUCAACAUUUCCGAGAGGCUCCGCAGUUCUACAACUCCCCCGACUGCCCUUCCAUCACCACCGUCCACGACGAAGACUUCGACCCCGAUGAAGAAGACAACAACAACAACCACCACUUCAUGAUCUGUUCCCGCCAAGCCGUCCACGUGGCAAUGACCCUAGACACCGCCUACAUCCGCGGCUCCAUGGCCGCCAUACUUUCCGUCCUCCAACACUCCUCCUGCCCUCAAAACGUCGCCUUCCACUUCGUCACCUCCGCCGCCGCCAACGCGUCUCACCUACGCUCCACUAUCGCUUCCUCCUUCCCUUACCUCACUUUCCAAAUCUACCCCUUUGACGACUCCCACGUUACAGGACUCAUCUCCACCUCCAUCCGCUCCGCCUUGGACUGCCCUCUCAACUACGCCCGUAGCUACCUCGCCAACCUCCUCCCCCUCUGCGUACGACGCGUCGUUUACCUCGACUCCGAUCUCAUCCUAGUCGACGACAUUGCCAAACUUGCCGACAUUCCUCUCGGCAACGAAGACACUGUCCUGGCUGCGCCGGAGUACUGCAACGCAAACUUUACCUCAUAUUUUACUUCCGCAUUCUGGUCCAACCCUUCUCUGUCUCUCACGUUCGCCGACCGGAAGGCGUGCUACUUCAACACAGGAGUGAUGGUGAUUGAUCUGGACCGGUGGAGAGGCGGGGAUUAUACGGCGAAGAUAGAAGAGUGGAUGCAGCUGCAGAAGAGGAUGAGAAUCUACGAGCUCGGUUCUUUACCGCCGUUUCUUCUUGUUUUUGCUGGGAAGAUAGCUCCAGUGGAGCACAGAUGGAACCAACAUGGGCUCGGCGGUGAUAACUUCCGGGGGCUUUGCCGGAAUUUGCAUCCGGGUUCGGUGAGUCUGUUGCAUUGGAGUGGGAAAGGGAAACCGUGGGCGAGAUUGGAGGCCAACAGGCCAUGCCCUUUGGACGCGCUCUGGGCACCUUAUGAUCUCCUGGAAACACCAUUUGUUUUGGACUCUUGAACACUGCAGAGAUUCGGACAUGGAUCGAAGAUGGAAUGUGUUAAUUUGCUGCAAAUUGAAGCCGAAACUGUUCGUUUUGGGAGUGUGAUCUGUCGCAUUAUUGAUAUAAGCUACUUGAUCGAUCAGUUUCGGAUAUAUUUGAUCGAAGGUACGUGGAUCAUGGAAGAUGAAGUCAAGAAAGAUCAUAAUUCGUUUGUGAUGUUAUUUGUAGAUUAUUAUACAGGUACAAACUCAUAUAUCAACCAUAUUAAAAUUUGUGUCAUGAUGAGGAAACAAGAAAGUUAGUCCAGAAAUAAAGCAAUAACUGGACUAAUUGAUGAACAUCUGCCACCAUUGUAUUGUGUAAUAUACUUCUUAACUGAUUGUAUCAUAUAGUCUGUAAUCGAUCCCCUGUAAAGAAAAAAGAGCUAUUUUUGGGUGGCUUGAUGAAUUCAUGGUAAAUAAUACCGAUCAGUGAAGUUUUUGUUGGAAGU